UUAUAUUAUGAAUAAAAGAAAACAGAAAACACAUAGAGUAUUUGCAUUGUAUACACAAACAAUAUUCUCUAAUUAGCUAUCUACCAUUUGAUACUAUUAGAAACUGUACUUAAAAAUUAAUGAAUCUACUACUCCUAACACCGGAGAACGACGACUUAGGAAACUGUCCCGGACCGUCCGAUCUCCACAGCUGAAGCGUCUCGAAUCUGGACCUCUUGAUCCGGGUCCCCAUGAACGGCUUCUCUGGAUUCUGUACAUGCUGACGCCAGACGCGGCGGCCAAUUGAGAAACAGAGGUGGAUCUCUCCUCAGAGAUCCGGCUAGAAACAAGUUCGGAUCUGCAGAAGGGAGCUCGAAGAAGCUGCCGAUAUUUUUUUCCCCGAGAAAUCAACAGUGAGAUUUUUUUUAUGGAUGAAUAUCAAAUUCGUUUGUUCUUUAUGAAUAUCACAAAACGAUUAUAUGUAAACUGAAACCAAAAGCAAAGAACCAAUGAGAUGAUAACGCUCAGAUCGGUUUCGGAGCAAGGAGGCAGAGAGGGAUAACUUUGCCUUAAAGACCUUGAGGCUUUGUAGGUAAUUUUGUAUCUCUAUUUUUCUGUAGUGGGGUCCAUAAUUUUACUAUUGGUUAUUUGGCUAAUUUUCAACUUCUUUAUAGGUAUUCACCCAAUUGACUCACACAUAUAUGUUGCACCCCUAUGUUUUAUAACUUUCUAUUAUGACUUGUACAAGGUACGACACUAAAAAGAUAAGCAUUUUCUUGGUCUUUUUAAAAUAACUGGAUAGGAGUAAGAAAUGUAGUAUUUAGAAGAGUACCAAAAACCCUAGUAGUAUUUCGUACUCGUUGAUGAUUGUCUGCCUUGCAAACCUGAAAUACAAUUCCUCAAUUUUUCCAAAAUAGAGUUAAGUAAUUUGUCGCUAUAUGCAAUUUUAUAAUUGUUAAUCGACCCAAAUAUGUUAUGGAAACCAUCUUUACCGAACAAUAAGUAGUAGAAGUAUGCCCAGAAUUUCCCCAAAAAAAGAAGAAGUAUGCUCAUGAUUGAACAAAAGGAGGUGCAUGAUGUAUAUGAAUUUGAGAUGGUUGCAGAUUGAUUAAUCGAGCAUUUGAGUGGUAGAAGCGCUACUGUGUCUUGUUUUUAGUGGCUAAAAUUGCAAGUGUGUGAAUUUUUCUUUUAUUAUACAGGGGUAUUCUGACCCCCAUAAAAGUAGAUUCAGAUUAGCCAUGUGUUAGCAGCUUAUGUUUUUAGUCCAAGUGUCGGUUUCUUGUCCUUGUCGAUGCCGCAAUGUUAAUUCUCCAGUGACCGAGACUCAAACCCUGGUAACUUCACCGUAUUGGGCUUUGCUCUCAAGUUAAUUGAUAGACCAUGGAUUUUACCUACUUUUAGCCAUAGUUUAUAAGUGUUUUAAUAUAUAUUUACUACUAUAUAGAGUUUAUUUAGAGUGUUUACAGGUUCAGGUACGUUCUGGAGAAAUAUGGUGAUUUUGGAGCAUUUUGAGGUGCAGAACUGUACAGACCCAUCAGAUGUUUAGCUAUAGAUGGCGACCUUACCACUGUUAGAUUGUGCUCAUUGUUUGAUACAAGAUAGAGCUUUGUGUUAGCUUUCCAACACCACUAGUUUGAGGUCAAUCAGCAUCCUGUAGAAGAAGUUAUGUCCAUUUUACUGGAGAGUGGUCAGUUUGCCUCGCGAGAGGAAGCUGUCGAGAAGAGGAACGUAUGUUGAUCGAUGCAGAACUCUUCACAUCAAUCGAUAUGGAUGCCAGAAUGCGGGGAGAGCAUAUUUUAUGACCAAUUUGGACCCAGAAGUCACCACAUAUUACCAAUAUACCCCUGGACGACCAGAAACCUUAUUUUACUGUUUUCUAAGCCAUUGUUGACGGCUAUGCUUCAUACUAUUAUAGAGAGAGAGAGAGCUUAGAAUUGGAAAGAGAGAUCUGUACACCUUGAUAGAGGAAAGAUCUUUAACUCCCUUUGUUUCUUUACUCUAUUUUGUUUAUUUAUCAAUUGCAAUAUUAUUCAGACCAUCAUAACCAUGUCUUUUAUGAAUAUGUCUGAGUAAUCUUACUGUUAGAUUUAGGUUUCUCAUAAGGUUGAUAUAUGUAUAGCUAGUUUGAAUUGUUGUUAGGGGGAUUUAAUUAGUUUUUCAUCUAGCUAUUCUUACUACUAAGCUUAAGGUUGAUAAACCCUAAAACUUAGAUCUUAGGAUUAAUUGAGAUCAAGCCAUUGCUUGACUCAGUAGCUGAAAUUAACUAGUAUGAUCUAACUGACUAGAUACAGACGAAAGUUGGUCUAGUGAGUUAGAGAAUAUAGAUCAACCCCAUUCGUAAAGCUUUAUGGAAAAAGUAUUGAUCGACACAGCGAUAGCCCUGUCGAUCGAUAUUUUGAAAGGUGUAUCGAUCGAUACUCAUAACGAAUUAUCGAUCGACACUUUCUCAUGAUUAACAUACGAGAGUUGAAAUCAGAGAUCCAAAUUAGAUAAUCAGAUUGAUUAUAUCCUAGUUUGAAUUCAAGAACGAUUAAUAUCAAUAAACCCCUAAAACCCAAAUUAAGUAUUUACUUAUCGUACCUAAGAAUAUACAUGAAUCUAGCUAUUCUCCCAAAUGUCAACAACCUCAAAACAAAUCAAUCGAGCAAUAAACUUGCUCACCACUCCAUUUACUGCUUUAAAACUUAUAAGACAUUUAAUCUAGAUUUAUUUCAAGACCAUAAUCUAUUGUGUAAUCCUAGAGUCUCUGUGGAUUCGAUCCCUAGGUACUACAUCCGAACCUCUUAUUUGAGAGAGUAAUUCACUCCUUAGGAUAAUUUGAGUGAUAUCAUUAAUCACCACCAAACCACAAAUCCUGAUUUUUUUUCUUUUUGAAAAUAUUUUUUUUUUCUAGAGACAAAUGUGCUUAGCUGGACAGAGUGGAAAUUUACAAUGUAUCUAUAAUUAUUUUUUAAAAGAAAAUAUGUCUAUAGUUAUUUGUAUAUAGAAUUUUCUCUUGACUUGUAAAUCAAAUUCUUUUCUAUGAUUCAGAGGGAACUUGUGCUUUAAACAUUUAUUUAAUUUUCCUAUUUAUGCAGGACAUAGAGGUGGUGAUAAGAAUCAUGUGGAUAAAUUAGAUGUUGAAAUACAUGGUUGUACAAUUCACAUGUGGUUUGCACAUCUUUUGUUUUGUCAAUUUUCGGGCCACAACAGACCGGCCCGAUAGCCCUUAAGUUCCCACAAAGGGGAAAGCGUUAGCUAGGAGGCGGAAAGGAGGCGAACCUCUAACGCCAAGGUCCCUAAGGGAUUCUCACUAGCCAUUGGGCUAUGAACAACUCGGCACAUGUGGUUUGUACAUCUAAUCUAUUAGAACUGAAGUACAAAAUGAUACUUGCCUAUUUUUAAGUAGAUUCUUACAGAUUUUGAUUCCUUUUGCCUAGUUAUAACCAGUUCAUUUAUUUUUUUAUUUAAGUAUCGUAUUACAUCUUUUAAGUUCCUUUUUCACUUUUCUAAACUACUUAAUUAAUUAUAUUUACCAUAAUAAUUCGAUGUCAUUUAUUUUUUGUAUAAAUCAUAAUAAUUUUACGUGUUUAAAUGAAAUUAGUCUAUUAGUAGCAAGAAAUCAAACCGGUUAACAAAAUUGUUUUUAUUUGUUUACAAAAUCAGUUAGACAUUGACAUUCAAGCAUAUGUCCGGCUACAUAUAAAUUUUUACGGGUAUCGGGUUUUUAGAUUUUAAAAUUAAAAUAUGUUCAGGUAUUAUAAAUUUUCAAAUAUGAUUCGGUUUGAAUUCUUCUGAAUCCGUGUAAUUUUCAAAUAUUAUAACUUAUAUGUUUAAAAAUGUCACUAAAUAAUUUAUAAAGAGGUAGAAACUAAACUCGCACGGGCGUGCGGGUCAAGCUCUAGUUAUUUUCUUAUAAAUAAUUAAUGUUUUCUUUCUAUUUUUCCUUUUUAUUAAUUCUGUUUUGUUUAAUUUGUUACUUCUAUUACUAAAUUUCCCUUAUAAAUGGUAUAAAAAAUUUAUAUUUUGAAUGCAAACAAAAGUCUCAUAUUAAAAUUUUAGAAAAACAAAUGUUUAAUAUAUAAUCGGACGUCCAACUCUAAUUAGUACGAGGAUUUUUAGGAAGGAGCCAAAAACCAAAUACAUGCGGGCUUUGCUUGUUCGAUCCAAAAUAGAUAAUAUCGUACUAAUUGUCGAAAAAUAAAUAAUUGGACAAAAACUUCAAAAAUUCCAACAAUUAUAUAGAACUGGGAUGACAAAAAUAUGCAAAAAGACCAAAAUAUCAUUCGAACUCGAGAUCAACGAUGGGAAUUGGGAGAAUAUGUGGCAGACACCAGUUAAAGAUCUUGGAAACUUUGGUUGUGGGAGGAGCAUCCUCAAGGUGACUUCGCGAUUAAGGGGUGCUAGAGACUUGUAUCAAAAGUAUAUCUCUAACGACGAUACAAAGAUUAUGUGGAUAUUCCUAAUGGUGUUACAAGGCUAGGUGGAUAAAUCCUAAUGGUGUAACAAACAUUAGGUGAAGAGUAAUGUUGGUGAUUAUGGCGGUACAAUACGUGUGCCGGCUUUCGCUGGAGAUUGGAAACCAAGGGUUUGUAUGGUACUUGGUUUGAGAUGAGGUUUGUUGUUAAUGAAAACAAAGUCCCACAAUUACAGUUUAAAGAAAUAAUAAGGGUGACUGGUUGGACUGUAACUAUAAAAAAUUUAGUGUAGAACUUGGUCUUUAGGAUUUUUUAUUUAGCUGUGAGAGAUGUAGUUUUAAAAUUUAUUGAUACAUCAAUAUUUUUCUAUAAUGAAAAAAAUUUGCUUUAGAAAAUAAGACUUUUACAGAUUUUUUUUUUGUAACUUGCUAAGUUUAAAAACCAUUAUAAAGCAUGAUUGGUAAUUUUAAAAGAUGUAAAUAAAAAUUAAAAGUAAAGACAGCUCCUACAGUCCAACCAAUCGACUCUACAACUAGUAUAUAAUAGAGUGUAAAACUAUAAUUAGUACGAAACCUUUUGGGAUGAAGUCCAAAAUGAAAUCCAUGCGAGUUUUACUUAUUCGGCCAAAAAUGAAUAUUAUCAUAAUAAAUGAACAAUAAAAAAUUGAAAAUAGGUUUGGAAAAGCCAACAAGCUAUGAUAUGUAGACAUGGUAUCUCAUAUAAAAUGAAACAAUAUAUCAAUUAUAUAUUUUGUUGGUUGUUCUAUUUUGGUUUACCUUCGCAUACCACUUCAUGCUUUAGCAAUAUAGUGAUCUUCUAAAUGUAAAAAAAAACGUUUAUUGUGUAUUCCAUUUCGCAAAACCAUAAUUAGAAAAAUUAAAACAUUCAUUUCCGCCAAAACCCUAACGAACUGCUUUCCAAAACUUAAGAGAAAAAUGACAAGUUGGAUGGCUCCCUUGACCUUUGAAGAAUGGUGAGCGAGCGGUAGAUGUAACGCCUUUCAAAAUGUCACAUCCACACUCACCAGUCACAAACCAUGAAACUGCUCCUUUUGAUUUUUUUCUUAAACUGUCUUGACGUGAAUAUAAGACACGUACGCAUUUAAUCACCACAUUGUUAUUGGUCCACUCACAGGUCCACAAACUCCGUUUUCUUCGAUUCUUUAUUAUACGAAAGGGAACAAAAAUGGUAAAUACAUUAACUUGAAUUUAGAAGGCAUGCAUUAAUGGGAAGGAACGUAAAUGCAACGUACAUACAUGUUAAUCCCUCUUUGUAUUUAUAGGACAAUAAGGUUCUCUUUAAUAUGGAGAAAAUAGCAGGCAAUAUGGGGUCAGGUCCAGAGCAAAGCAGAGAGGGGCUUCUCAAUCUCUCUCGGAAAAGAUACUCAGGUUUCGGAUUUAAUGAGUCAAGACGACGCUUCUGCGGGAUCUGUAACUUGUGGCAUUCUGAUCGUCGGAAGCUCUUCUUUGCCGUCAAGAUGGGAAUGGCUCUUGCCAUUUGCUCCUUCCUUAUUUUCCUUAAAGAGCCUCUGCACGCUGCCAGUAAAUUCUAUGUCUGGGCCAUCCUUACUGUUGUUGUGGUUUUCGAAUAUUCCGUAGGUGCAACGUUGGUCAAAGGGUUCAACAGAGCUUUAGGCACAUUCUCUGCUGGGGGACUUGCUCUUGGCAUCGCCAGGCUCUCUGUUCUAUCAGGAGAUUUCGAGCAAUUUAUAAUCAUCAUAUUCAUUUUCAUUGCAGGUUUCAGUGCUAGUUAUUUGAAACUCCACCCAGCCAUGAAGGCAUAUGAGUAUGCGUUCAGGGUGUUCUUGUUAACAUACUGUAUCGUCCUUGUUUCUGGAAACAACACGGGAGAGUUCUUUAGUACCGCGUAUUACAGGUCUUUGUUUAUUGUGCUUGGUGCAACCAUCUGUUUGGUUGUGAAUAUAUUUAUAUCUCCAAUAUGGGCCGGGGAAGAUCUCCAUAAACUGGUGGCUACAAAUUUCAAAAGUGUAGCAAAUUCACUAGAAGGAUGUGUGAAUGGUUACUUGCAAUGUGUGGAAUACGAGAGAAUACCUUCGAAGAUUCUUACAUACCAAGCUUCAGAUGAUCCAUUAUACAGCGGGUACAGAUCAGCUGUUCAGUCUACAAGUGAAGAAGAUUCUCUGCUUGAGUUUGCCAGGUGGGAGCCUCCACAUGGACCAUACAGAACGCUUAACCAUCCCUGGAUAAACUAUGUGAAACUUAGUGGUGCAGUAAGGCAUUGUGCUUUCACGGUCAUGGCAAUGCAUGGCUGCAUUCUUUCAGAGAUACAGGCAGCUCCAGAGAAACGACAGGCUUUCCGUCACGAGCUUCAAAGAGUUGGCAACGAAGGAGCAAAAGUUCUGCGUUUGAUUGGAAAAAAAGUGGAGAAAAUGGAAAAGUUAAGCCCCGGAGAGAUUCUUAAGGACGUUCAAGGUGCAGCAGAGGAACUACAGAUGAAAAUAGACAGUAAAUCUUACCUUCUUGUCAACUCAGAAAGCUGGGCGGCUACUAAAGAGCAAGCUGAAACAGAAGAGGCUCGAGGAAACAAUCACAACGAAACCAAGGUGAUCAAAUCACUCAGUCAGAUUUGGGAUACCAACAGUAGCAACAGUCAUAAUCCAGCCAGUGCUAGUGAAUCUCAAAUAUGGGUGUCAACAGAGAGUAUGAUGCUAAGGAAUCGCGAGAUGUGGCCAAGUGUGUCUUUCAUAGACGGUUCUGUGGUAAAUGAGAUGGAAGGCAAAAUAUACGAAAGCGCGAGUUCUUUGUCUUUGGCUACGUUUGCUUCCCUUCUGAUCGAGUUUGUUGCAAGGCUGCAGAAUAUUGUCAAUGCCUUUGAGGAGCUUAGCACAAACGCAGAUUUCAAAGAUCAGGUUAAACAGACUCCUGCUAACGUAGUAGAUCAAUUGUAAUUAAUUGUGGAAAAUAAUUAAGCCACUCAAACGGUUAUAUUUCACUUAUGGAAGCAAAGGAAUAAUUUAAUUCACAACCAGAUUUCUAUUACUGCUUCAGCUGUGUUCCAGGUCAUUGAUCGAGACAUGAGGAAUAAUAGUCUAGUUUUUACCGCCA